UGACGUCCACCACCUGAGACUGCUCGGUAGGCUUGAAGAUCAGCGAUAAGCUGGUUGCGAGGAAGAUAAUUGGAUUAACGAACGUCGAAAAGGAAUAACACUUCAUACUGAGUAAAGGACAAGAAAUCCCUUCGUAAGAGGCGCUAAACCUGUAUGUAAAUCUUGAAACUAGGAAUACUGUGGAAUAUCUAGAAGAUGUUAGCUAAGUUAAAGGCUUCAAAUAUGAAAUGUAUAACAAGUUCUGGCACUCCGCUAUCCAGCUUUGAUAGAUUUUAUCCAUAGACAGUCGACACUUAUGGCUAAACCUUUUUAAAGCGUAGCUUGAACCGAACUUAUGUCGAAAACAAGCAUCCCUCAAGUCAUGCUCAAAUUUGCUCCAGUUCCACGUUCUCUCCGACUUUGCUGGAUUCAGACAUGAGCUCUGGGAUACACGAACACGCCCCUUAGUAAUGAUACAAUGCCGGGCGGGAGGAGAGGUCUAGUUGCUCCCCAGAACACUUUCCUAGAAAAUAUCAUCAGGAGAUACAACUCUCUUCCUGACUCCAGUUUUCUGCUGGCUAAUGCCCAGAUUGUGGACUAUCCUAUUGUCUAUUGCUCGGACACCUUCUGUAAAAUAGCGGGCUACAACCGGGCCGAGGUAAUGCAGAAGUCGUGUCGAUGUAGUUUCAUGUAUGGCGAGCUGACAGACAAAGCCACCAUUGCCAAGAUUGAACAAUGCCUUGAAAGUCAGGCCAUAGAUCAGUUUGAAAUUCUCCUUUACAAGAAGAACCACACUCCGCUAUGGCUCCUACUUCAUAUUGCUCCUAUAAAAAACGAAAAAGAUGUUGUGGUCCUGUUUCUUCUGACCUUCAGAGACAUCACAGCUCUAAAACAACCACUAGAAGACGAUGCCAGCAAAGGGCUCAGCAAGUUUGCCCGAUUGGCCCGCUCUGUUACCAGAAGUCGUUCCGUUUUUGUCCAACAGUUCUCAUCUCAUCUUCCAGUAAUCAAAUCCGACAUUGUCAAACAGUCUCAAAUCGCCCACAUGAUGAGCCUAAGUGCAGACGUGAUGCCACAGUACCGACAGGAAGCCCCCAAAACUCCACCCCACAUCCUGCUACACUACUGCGCCUUCAAGGCGAUCUGGGACUGGGUUAUCUUGUGCCUGACAUUCUAUACGGCCAUCAUGGUGCCCUACAACGUCUCCUUCAAGAACAAAACUAGUGAGGAUGUCAGCUUCCUGGUGCUUGACAGUAUCGUUGAUGUCAUCUUCUUCAUCGACAUCGUUCUCAACUUCCACACCACGUUCGUUGGGCCGGGUGGUGAGGUCGUUUCUGAUCCCAAGAUCAUCCGGAUGAAUUAUUUGAAGAGCUGGUUCAUCAUAGACCUGUUGUCUUGCCUUCCUUACGACGUCUUCAAUGCCUUCGAUCAUGACGACGACGGUAUCGGCAGUUUAUUCAGUGCUCUGAAGGUGGUCAGGCUGUUAAGACUGGGGCGUGUAGUCCGGAAGUUGGAUCGUUACCUGGAAUACGGAGCCGCCAUGUUGACCCUGCUGCUGUGUUUCUACAUGCUUGUUGCACACUGGUUGGCCUGCAUCUGGUACAGUAUCGGCCGCAGUGAUGCUGAGAAUGGUUUCGUUUACAGCUGGCUGUGGAAACUGGCUAACAUCACUCAGCAACCGUUUUAUUUCGAGUUUUCGAAUGAGACCUACAGGACAGAGUUGUCCGGUGGUCCUCCUAGAGGAACCAUGUACGUCACGUCUCUCUACUUCACUAUGACCUGCAUGACCAGCGUGGGAUUCGGCAACGUGGCUUCCGAGACGGAUAACGAAAAAGUUUUCACCAUCUGCAUGAUGAUCAUAGGAGCUCUUCUAUACGCCACAAUCUUUGGCCAUGUGACGACCAUCAUUCAACAGAUGACAUCAGCAACAGCACGUUACCAUGACAUGCUAAACAACGUCCGUGAGUUUAUGAAGUUGCACGAAGUUCCAAAAGCUUUAAGCGAGCGAGUUAUGGACUAUGUAGUCUCUACAUGGGUCAUGAGCAAAGGAAUUGACAUAAAAAAGGUGCUAAGUUACUGUCCAAAAGAUAUGACCGCGGAUAUUUGUGUCCAUCUAAACCGAAAGGUGUUUAACGAACACCCUGCUUUUCGUCUAGCCAGUGAUGGCUGUCUACGUGCACUCGCUAUGUACUUCACCAUGGAUCACAGUGCUCCAGGUGACCUUCUUUACCACACUGGUGAAAGCAUCGACACGCUUAGCUUUGUUGUGUCAGGGUCGUUAGAGGUCAUACAAGAUGACGAAGUUGUAGCUAUUUUAGGUAAAGGUGAUGUCUUUGGGGACGUUUUCUGGAAAGAACCUACCAUUGGCCAGUCAUGCGCUAACGUUCGAGCCCUUACAUACUGCGACCUCCACGCUAUUAAGAGGGACAAACUUCUGGAGGUCCUCAACUUCUACCACGCCUUCGCCAACUCUUUCGCCAGAAAUCUUAUCCUUACUUAUAACCUGAGACACAGGUUGAUAUUUCGCAAGGUGUCCGAUGUGAAGAGAGAAAAGGAACUAGGAGACAGACGCCGGAAUGAGCCUUUGCAAGAGAUUUCUCAGGACCAUCUUGUGCGCAAACUUUUCUCUCGCUUCAGGAGGAACGGCUCGACUGGCCACCAGACGACUACAUUACCAAGUCCAGAUGUAGAACGAGUGGAGCGACCGUCAUUCAGUGAAAGUGGAGCAACGCCCUCUAGCAGAAACAGCAUAUUUAAACUUCUGAACAUUUCUGAAGGAGCAGAAAAAGGCAGGGCUGCAAAAUGGACGCCAGCAAUUGGACUAACCAAAACUGAAAAGGUAGGAGGCGACAACAAAGAAAACCAGGGGGCGACAGAAAACUUGAGCCUGGUUAAAAAGGGCGAAAUAAUUGCAAAAAAAAUCGGAUGCUCUCCAUGUGGUUAAAGACUUCAAAGCUAUAGUAAAUCCGGGAGCGAAAAAUCCAACUAAGCGGUCCAAAGUUCUAUCGCAUCAAGAAACUAUCGAGGAGACAGCUGAACCAGAUGGUCAACAGAUUUUUCAUCAAGAAAAUGACGACAGCACCCACUCAAACAGUGGUUCAGGAAAGAAUAAAGACUGUUACCAUCGGCAUAUUCAUGUGGAAGAACAGAAAUAUGGAGGCAGGCCUUAUAGCUUCGACAGUGGUAAUUUUUCCUCGGACCUCUUUUCACCGCGAAGCUUGUCCAGUACGGACUAUCAACAGAUACUCGCCAACCUUAUGGAUCUGAAAGUUGACUUGAAACUGGAAGUCCAACGGCUAAAUCAAAAGUUGACUAGAAUAGAAGAUAAUAUAACCGAACUUCUCAAACACAUACCUAACUGUGGUCCUAGUCCAGGGCAAUCUUCAACAAUAAAUAAUUCCCACAACUCUACCGAUCAUCCAAAACAUACGUGUGGCAAAACUAGUGCACGAAAAGACCUCGUAAGUUUCGGAGCAGACAAAUUACCGAACAAAAGGAAAAGUGUCCGUUCAAAAACAAAACCUAAGACCCCCACACCAAGAAGUUCACCCACGGACUUGACCGUUAGAGCUAUGUUAGAGAACGAGAUCGAAGAGCAGGAGAGAGAUGCAUCUCUUUCUCUUGGUUCUUGUGAGAAAGAAGAUCAGUACAUUUGAUCAUUCUUCGUAACAGUGUGUAAACUUCGUUACUCUUUGUCAAUAUUUAGAAUAUGCCAAACGCUGAUUUUUGAAAGAACCAGUUUUAGUGCAAUAUGUAUUACAACACCAAAUGUAAUGGAGCAAGUUUUAGGAACUUAUCUGUUUCAGGUACUUAGCCGCUUUGUCUAAAGUUAACUCACUUUUCUAUUGCUAUUAUAUGCAAGUGUUUUGUUUUAGUGAUCAUGCAAUGGCUUAUGCGACUCUUCAGAAGAAGGCGUUGUUAAUCCUAUGUUCCAAAUUACUCUUGUGAAUGACUUUUCAAAAAUACCAAACUCGUUUACCAAACAUUAACCUAUUUACAAUAGGUAGAAAUUUUCAUUUUGAAGUGGAAACUUUCGGUAAAAUGUCGUUCUAAGCAGAGCUUUUCUCUACUUCAGCUGUCUAGAAAACUUUAAAACUGCCAUUAGAAACAAGUGUUUGAAGUGUUGGCGAUAUUCUACUUUCUUCGGUUCAAUGGUUUAAUGAGAAGGUCAUUUUCUGAGCUAAACUAAUCUGUUGGAAUUCAAGGGAUCGGAUUUUUCCAAUAUGUCUUCUUAGUUGGAACAAGCCCAAUAUCAGUCCAGUUUCGCUUCUACAGAGGAGUUAAACCCUAAAUCUAUUUUUCUAACCAAUUUGUUAUUUCCUAAGGCACUUUACAGUAGUGGUUUGAUGCAUAAAGUUUUUUUUUAUAUUUAUUUUGUAUUAUUACAACUGCAUUUAAAUAGUCUUUUAUUAUUACUUUAUGAGUUUUGAAGUAUCAGUAUGCAUUUAAAUUAUUUCAUUAUUACAGCCAGAAAAAUAAAGUUAUCAAAGGUCACAUUUAAAUGGUGUAAUUUUGAUAAGAGUUGUAGCUUAUUUUAACACAAUGUAACGAUAUUUUGUUAUAAACUACUCCAAGAAUUUAGUGAAAUCAAUAUACAGAACUUAAUAUUUAUUCCAUAAGGUGUCAUUUAAUCUUAGUUCAUUGUUUUUACAAAAGAAAGAAUGCUGAGACACAAUUGUGAAAUUGAGGUAUAUAUACAUGAUCAUAUAAAAGUCAUUAAUAGAUUUAUAUAUAUAUAUAUAUAUAUAUAAUUAUCUUUCCCCUUUUGCGUCGUAUUGGUGAUGCCUCAUUGUAAUUCUUCAUUAAAUCUCGUCAUGCAUUAUAUAAUUAUAUCAUUUCCACGUUGUUGUUUUUUGUAUAGCGUAUGUAUAAACGUAGUUAACAAAUCAAUUGACUUCAUAAUAAUUCCAGCAUAUGUAAUUUCACAUUUCGAAAACAUAGCAAAUAAAAUGAGCAAAGAUGUGUGUUUGUCUGUGCGUAAAGCUAAUACAAAAAGUUUGGAAAGAAAGUUGAAACAUCAUAUUUCGAGGGCAAUAAGCUGACAACGGUGUAUAAUGAUCAAAAUAUGAACUGUAACAUUUAUAAAGUUCUUGUUUUCAGUGUUCUAUCUCCAGAUUAGCUCGUGCAACUCUUAGGAAUUUCUUUGAUUUACUACUCAACGCUACUGAAAGUAAUUUCUCUCGAUAUGCUGACAACGGUUGUUUUAGCUGCAUAACUUUACGAAGUGUAACGUCCCAAUUUCUUACCUUGAUUGACGUCUGAAAUGGAAUUAAACUCGCUUAAUUUUCUGCUUUGCAACAAACUAUUCAAAAUAGUAAAGUAAUUUUAUCAACCUGCAAACAAUAAAACGAAUAGACACGUCUUUAUAAUUUAGAUUUAAUUAACUUGAUCGAACAUUUUGUUCUUUAUUGCUUUGUUAUUGUAAAUUAAUAUCAAAACCAACCAAUGUUAUUGUUAGUUGAUUUUAGUUAUUGUAUUUAUAUGUACACACACGUGUACACGUGUGUUUAUUUUAAAGUUUUUUUUCAUUUUGACACACACAAAGUAUAAAUACACAAACGUUCCAGUGAUUAGAAGUUUAUUAAGUGAUAAAGUCACCUGAAGCAGCUUUUAAACGGUUGACAUGUGUUUUGUUAUAUCGUGUAAAUUGAUGUAAGAUAAUAUUUUAUACUGUAUUCAAAAAUAAUAUAUCAGAAACCGAAAUAUUUAAAGUUGUUCGUUUAUCUUUAGAUUAAAUACGUCUAAAUAACGGUAUUAACAAAUGUUUUGCUCUUGACGAAGUUGAACCGUCACUGAUUUUAAUAGGCAUGCGUAAUAUUGAGAGUAUUUUCAUUCAUUUUUAUCCAGUGUCGCUUUGCAACUUAUAUGUUAGCUCUGGUUUAAUAAUCUAACUACCAGUGAUUCCAGUAUACGUUUCCAAAGUUCUUUUUGGAAUUAUAUUUAAUGGUCUGAAAUACCAAUGAAUCCCUUGUACGUUUGAAACGUUCUUUUUGCAAUUAAGUUUAUGAUACAAAUACUAAUGAAUUCAGUGUGCAUUUACAACGUACAUAUUAGAGUUAAGAUGAUAUUUAUGUUCCAGAAUCGCCAAAGUAUGCAUUUUGUCUAUGUUUUAUUUGCAUUAACAGCUCAAAAUCAAAAUACCAGACUUUUUUACAGCUCAGUUUUGUCGAAGAUAGUUGUAAAAGGCUUUCAAGUAAUUGUUUGUAGUCAAACAAACACAAAGCUACAAAAUGGACUACUUGUGCUGUGACCACCACGGGUAUCCAAACUCAGUUUUUAGUGUUAUAGGUCCGUAGACCGCUGUGCCACUAAGAAGCUUCAAGUAAUUAAACACGGCAAUUAUAUAAACAGUCCUCGAAAUUAGCACAUCAAGUCUAGAGCAAAAAAAAAA